AAAGAUCUUCCUACAAAACAAAAAACCGUGAAAACCAAAAACCACUAUAACAACUAAUAAGCUUUCCAGCUCUCCAUCCACUUUCCAACCAAAACCAAAACCACUCUAACUGCUUUCUUUCUUUCUCAGAUAUGCUUCUCCGGCUGUCUCCGCCAACUCCUCACCACCGCUCAUCAUCGUCUACCUCCGUCUCCGUUGUCUCUUAACUUCCCCACCAUAUCUUAUUAUCUUUUCUUUUCUCUUCUAUUGAAUUGUUUAUGGAGCACAAUUCGCAGAAAUUCCAAUGGCACUACACGGAAUUUUCGGACCAGAGCUUCGAAGUCCAUGGCCGAACACUCUUCUUCAUCCUCGUCCUCCUUAUCCUCUUACUCAUCCUCACACUCAUUUUCUUAUAUGCUCGAUGGGCGUGUCGCCGCCACCAUCUGACUCCCAACAAUAAUUCUAUUUCCGCCGCCAGUACGCCGCCGAGGAACCAGGGCCUUGGUUCGGAUGCUAUUAGGGGGUUGCCGAUAGUUUUGCAUAAGUCAUUGCCGUCGUCGUGUUCGGGUCCUGGUAUGGUAAAAGAACAAGGACAAGAACAAGUUGAAGAUGCUGCUGCUGUUGCCGAGUGCUGUAUAUGCCUUGGAGCUUUUGCAGAUGGUGAUAAGGUUAAGGUUUUGCCUCCAUGUAACCAUUGUUAUCAUCCUCAUUGUGUUGAUGCUUGGCUUAUUAACCAUUCAAAUUGUCCUCUCUGCCGUGCUUCUCUUCAUCUCCAGCCCAACGACGCCGUAGAAAUUGUUGUCGAAUGAUGACCCAAUAAACGCCUAUGAAUUUCUCAACUCUCUAGCUUUUUUUUUCUUUUUUCUUUUUUUCUUUUUUUGAUGAUUAACAGUUGUAUUUUUGUGUAAAUAAUAUAGUGCUGUAUGUUAAAAAAUAAAAAUAAAAAGUGUAAAACGAUAUCGAGUUCUGUAUUAUUUUUA